AUGCCGGCACGGAGAACAUUUCGCCACUUCAACAAUUGCGGUGGAAAGAUGAUGCCGCGGUACUACUACUUUGGCAUUGAGCUUAGUGAGCGUAGGGAUGCCUAUGGAGUCUCUCAGUCACGGAAGCGGCGCCUCUUUAUCUUUGCAACGGACGUUAAACGUGACCAACAGACGUGGUUAGGGUACUUUGUGGCGCAGGGGGAGGCAACGACCCGUUCCGCCUCGGGAAUAAGCAACGCCCGCAGUAAUAUUUCAAUGCGGUUUGAUAUGCUACACGACCGCUCCAACACACACUCCGUCCCGAGGGCCGCGGAGGACAAGGAGAGGCAUCAUAACUCCCAUCUGUCGUACGAUCCGCUCGACGUCACCGCCACGAGACGCCCUAGGAUGGAUAUCUUCCCGCUCCUUAUGGACGACGACGACGACGACGACGAUGACGACCACAACUCGUACGAAUUGCGCACCUCACCGACCGACUUCUUUGGCGAGAAAGCGAUGACGGAGUAUUUCUUUACCCAACUCGACAAAGAGGAGGCUCGCUGGCGUCACGCCAUUGUAGCGGACGAGGAUCAUACUAGACAGCAGCUGUGCGCCAUCACAGAGGUGCUUCUUGACGCUGCCGCAGACAACAUCACUUCAUUUGCCGCUGCAUCCACGCAGGUAGCUACGCAGGGCGGUUGCGUUGCUCGUAGCGUGUGCAACAUCACUGCAGAUCCACCCUGCAGCGAAGCGACGGCAUCCGCGCAAAGACUAUGCAUUGAGCCUGUAUCUGUCAUCAGACAGAUACUACACCAAACUUUAACUGCAAAGAACCACCACAUACUCGCCUUACACAGAAAGCUAGAUGAGCUGCAAGAACGGUUGGUCAUUGGGGGGAAACAAAAUCAAGAAUUGGAAAACAGUACUUAUACAAAUACAAGUAGCACACAAUUAGAGAUAAAUCUUACAGCCGAACGCGAAAACAGAUCUGCCAAUUUACAAGGAACAAAAAACGUCGAACCAAAACCCGAAAAUAUCCGACAACGCGCAAGAACUGAAACCCGUUCCUUGCAAGAACCAAGAUGCACGCCUCGCAUUAGAAGAGCAGAACGAGCAGCGGCGCCGCGAGAUGGAGGGCCGGCUGGCGGAGCUUGGCGCCGAGAGGGACGCCCUGGCGGAGCGUGUGCGUGA